GGUAUCAAUAAGCAGUAGUAUGAUUCUUGUCCACACACAUUGGUCGUCAGCGGUUAAUCGGUGUAAGCUGUCUAGUUUGUAGUGUUUAUCACUCGUCUAAGUCUAUCGAUCAAGUUUCGCAGUGUCGUGUAUUUCUUCACUUAGUGGUGACCACAUUGAAAGGAAUCGCUCUGUGAUUUGAUAAGCACUAUGGAAGUGAAGCAGAAAUGAAUAAUCCUAUAAGCACUUACUAUAGAACAAAACGUUCUAACUCAUGUAUUCACACUGCAACUGCAUAUUGGCAAUUUCAUUCUUCCAAAAUACCAUUUUCUACUUUCUCAUGCAAACAUAUGAAAAUAAAUGAAAUAGAAUCCAUUCAGCAACUGUGUACACUUUUGUGCAAUAGACAAGGAGUUAUGCCCAUUAUGUUAUUGCUAAUGAUACUACUUGACUGGCCAGACCUCCAUAAAGGUGGAGGAAGAUUUAAAACUGUGAUCCACUGGUUGAAAGUCGAUUAUAUAAACGAAUAAAUGAUUGCUCCACAUGUAAAUAUCAGGAUGUACGGUGAUAUGAUGACCAUUUCAUCGAAUUAUGUUCACAAAUUUGUGAAAUUUGACAUUCACUAAACAUUUUAGAAAUUUAGAUGUAGUAUUCAUCAUGGAGCGACAUCAGUUGGGGAAGCAUUGAAAAUGUGAGGGCACUGGACACCUAUUUUGUCCUAGUAUGGGACUCCUGAGCAGUACGCACC